GCAUGCGCGGAGGGAGGCUUGUGCCCGGGCGGAGAUCGUCUGCCCCGCACCCAUGCCACUGCUGUCAAGUUGCUGCGUCCGCUGUGCGUUGUCUGUUUGUCCGUGGAAGAUGUUGCGUUGUCGGCUGUAGUCGUGAAGAGUUCGGUGUGGGUUUAUGCACCCACACACGCACGUGUCUCUGUUGCGUUUCUCGUGUGAUUACUGCAUGCGCAUGCAUAUUGAUGCUCGUCGGGACCUUGCCUGCGUUGCUGUGCCAGCGCAAAGAACAGAUUGGUUUAGUGGCUAAGUAUCGCAGUCUUCGCUUCGUCUACGUUGUGUCUGGAUCCUGUUCGAUGCAACAUAGUGCUCCGAUAUCUGAAAGUCCGUUUUUUGACGCUUCAGAAAAAAUGGUCUUAGGGAAGCGACAGUUUACGUAAGACAAACUGUGCUCCCUCCGAUAGAUUUUCUUUACGUACAUGUUCUGUGUGACCAAGAAUUUCUCUCAUAACAGACCCUUGUUUUUUUAUUGUCAGUCUUUUAUGUUAUUUUUUACCAGUUACAAUUAUUUUCCUGUGUACCCUGAAAUGGCAUCAGGCGUAGCGACGGCUCACCGCAUGCGCUAGGAAAAAGUCUAACGCUCGUGUGAUUAUCAAGAGGACAAAGUGGAAUCUAGCGAAUGUUUUCUCUCUCGCUCGGCCUCUCGAGGACUAUGUCAGGCGUGAGGUUGUGAGGCGAAGACCGGAAGGGGAUAGAUCAGUGAGAGGAGGAGGGCGUGGUGGAGGUGGUAGUGGUGGUGGAAGUGGAGGAGGAGGCGAACAGGGGCAAGAAGAAGAAGAAGAAGGAGAGAGAGAGAGAGCGAGAGAGACGACAAGUGUACGGAUCGAGCGCGGCAUGAGGCACCUGAAGAACCUGGGUCUGCCCAUCAUCCAGGAGCUGACCCACAAGUAUGGGCUGCAGGCGGACUUCGGGGAGGCGACGCUGGGCCAGAAGCUGGAGGAGUUGCGGGAGCACAUCCGGAAGGAGAUCCGCAAGGAACUCAAGAUCAAGGAAGGCGCCGAGAACCUCCGGAAGGUCACCACAGACCGGCGAGCGUUUCAGGACGUGAGCCACAUGGUGAAAGAGGCCAACUCCAAACUCUCGGCCCUGCAGCAGGAGCUCCAGGAGCUCGACUCCCAGAUCCUUCUGACGCAGGGCCAGGGCGGGGCCUCUCUCGACUCCUCCUUCAGUAACAAUUUAGGGCACGAUGGUCAGGGCAGGUGCAGAGCUGCAAGUGCUCCUCGGGACAGGAAGUCCACCCGGGGCGCGUUAACCGUGCUGUCGCCAGGUGUGAACGCCCGGCGCUCGUCCUCACUCGACUCGCAAGUUUACUCGCUCGCUCACUUUGAGCGCUCUCCGUUCUCUGCUUGUAUCCGGAGUCAGGGGUCAGAGAGUAAAGCUGAGUGA